GUUCUAGAUAUAAAGAUGGAUACGGAGUGCGAAUGCCAGCGAGUAGCAACACAAACAACACCGGUUCGACGAAUUCCGACAUUAGACGUUGAUUUGCGUGUUCGCCGAUUUCAUCGGGAUGAUACGCGGCGAAUUCACAAUCUUUUCUUGGAAGAAACGAGGUGUUUGGUAUGGCCGAUGUUUGCGCAAGCCAUUCGAAGUCCUCCAGCAGUUAUUUUGCAUCUUUUGUUCAUGGCUGUUGGGGCAAUGCUGGCUAGGUCCUUUGUUAUUGCUUUGUUUGGAGUCAUCCUGACCGCGGCUGCUAUUUUUGUGUACACUUACCGCUGGUUUUAUCAAUACUUGACUAGUUCAUUGAAAGGGGACUUGGCAAACAUUUCUCAGUUAAAGGAAUUUGAGAUCAUCGGCAGGCGCCUGCCAUCGGAGAAGAACUCCUCUCCCCCCCUCUAUAAAAUGAGGAUAUUUGCUCCUGACGAUGUUGUCGCCAAAUCUAAAUACUGGUACUUUGUUGCCAAAUUGAAGAAAAUCAAGAAGUCUAAUGGCGAGGUUGUGUCCUGCAGAGAGAUUUUUGAGAAAAAACCUCUGAGGAUCAAGAAUUUUGGUGUUUGGCUGCGUUAUGACUCCCGUAGUGGAACUCACAACAUGUACAGGGAAUACCGUGACUUGACAGUGGCUAGUGCAGUUACUUCUUGCUAUCGAGACAUGGCUGCCCGUCAUCGUGCACGUGGAUCAAGCAUUCAGAUCAUGAAAGUUGAUGUAAUCCCAGCCAGCAAGUGCCGAAGACCACAUAUGAAGCAGUUGCAUAACUCCAAGAUCAAGUUUCCUCUGCCUCAUCGUAUCAUCAAGUCUCACUACAAGUCCAAGUUUGUGGCUAAGCGACCCAACACAUUCUAUUGAAAGCCAGUUGAAAACGAUGAAAAUCCUGUUGAAACAAUGAAAAGUGACACUGGGAAGUUACAAUAAAAUUGAUAGCUAUCAUACAAUA